GAGGGGAUUGGAGCACCUGAAUCACAUGAUAUGGAGGGGAUUGGAACACCUGAAUCACAUGAUGUGGAGGGGAUUGGAACACCUGAAUCACAUGAUGUGGAGGGGAUUGGAACACCUGAAUCACAUGAUAUGGAGGGGAUUGGAACACCUGAAUCACAUGAUUGGGAGGGGAUUGGAACACCUGAAUCACAUGAUAAGGAGGUGAUUGGAACACCUGAAUCACAUGAUAUGGAGGGGAUUGGAACACCUGAAUCACAUGAUAUGGAGGGGAUUGGAACACCUGAAUCACAUGAUUGGAGGGGAUUGGAACACCUGAAUCACAUGAUUGGGAGGGGAUUGGAACACCUGAAUCACAUGAUAUGGGGGGGAUUGGAAAACCUAAAUCACAUGAUAUGGAGGGGAUUGGAGCACCUGAAUCACAUGAUAUGGGGGGAGGGGACAAUA